AUUUCUACUAAAGUAUUUUUAAUUGACUUAAUAGGAAUGUCGUUUAAACCAACAAAAGGUCUUUUGGUUAAAGACUGGAAACAAGAUGUGAUUUACCUUGUCCAAGUCCCCCGUACACAUCUUAUUCCAAGUCCAUCACCUUUUGCACUUAAAUUGGAGACGUGGAUUAGAAUGAAUGGGCUUACUUAUAGAAACAUUAACAAUGAAAUGUCGAAAGGAUCAUCUAAAGGCCAAAUUCCUUUCAUUGAAUUAAAUGGACGACAAUUUGCUGAUAGUAACCAAAUAAUGGAACAUUUAAAAAAUUAUUUUAAACUUUCAAUUGACUCGAAAUUGAACAGCAUGGAAAGAGCACAUUUAAGAGCUUAUACAAUACUUAUUGAGGAGUCGUUAUUUCGGUAA